GCAACGAAAAAAAUGAAAACAUUGGUUAACACAACAUGUAAAUGGAUACUGGAAAUUUUAUCUUUGUUCGGGUGUUUUAUAGCCAUCAGUUUUAUUUAAUAAACAUAAGGAUAAAAGAAAACUAAGCUCAAAAUGGUAGAGACGGAUUGGAGAGAAAUACUGAGUUUCUCACAAAAAGAACUCAAUCAAGCUGAUAAAGAGAAAUUAUGUGAAAGCUUGUCUUGGAUGGAAGCAGAUGAUAUUGAAUUAAACUUUUCCGAUUUGAAAGCAUUAUUUCGAUUAUCACAAGAUAUGCUCAAGUAUAAAAAUGAACAGGUCAACAACUUACUUGGCCAAGUGGAUACUAUGCAAAGAAAGACUAAGAAUAAAAGCACACGGACUGAAACGUCAUCAAGAAGCAGUAAUAGCCCACUAGAGACAGUAGCACAUCAAAAAGAAGUAAUUAAAUAUAAUAAAAAUAUAUUGGAACAACUGUCCGCGGAGAUAGCUGAGUUGGAAGAAAGAAAAUCUAAAUUAGAAGAUAAAAAUCAUGGAGAAAGAGAUAGCGAAUCCAGCCGCGCAACGUUAUCUGAAAUUAAUGAUUUAAUGCAACUGGAGAAUGAAAUUACUGUUAAAAAUAAGCAUAUUAGAAAGCUACUUAGUGACGUCAAAGUACUAGAAGAAGAAAAUAGUAAAUUAAAGGAAAAAAUAUCUGUUCUCAAAAACAAGCUGAGUGAAGCUACAAAGUUAAUCGAGAAUUUUACCGAACAACUGCUUGGCAUAAAUAAUGAAUGCACCCAUUUAAAAGAGAUACUUGGUAAAUCAGAGCAAUCGAAGUCUCAACUUAUGUUUGAAGUAGAAGCUCUACGUAAAGAACUUCGAGAAAAAGAAUCCAAUAAAGAUAAUACUUACGAAGAAAUUAAAUCUAAAAUCCAACACUGGAAGCAUGUGGCACGUUCAAAGAAAUCUGAGAUUGAUGCUCUAGUAAUUGAAAAUGAAAAGUUAAAGGAAACUGUUGCACAACUUACAAAACAAGUUUCUCCGAAAACAAAGAAAGAUAUUUCGACGGAAGAAACUGCAACUAAAAUAAAGGAUUUACAAGAUAAACUUUUAGAAGCAUCCAAAGAAAUUGAGCAGUCCGCUAGCUUGAUAAAUGUGUUACGUGAAGAAAAUAAAAAACUUAAAGACUCGCUAGAAGAGAUGACUGAACACUCCGUCGUUAACGUGAAAAACGAGAGUGAUGAUGGAAAGGAGCAAACAUUAAUUAACAAGCUAAAGAGAAAAGUUAGAAACCUAUCCAUUUCACUUCAAGGAGCCGAAGAAAUGAUAUCUGUUAGAGAAAAAGAGUUGGCAGAAAUAUCAUCCGAGUUGCAAUUAUUACAAUCAUCUGAUGGCGUUAAAACGUUAAUAGAGGGAUUGAAGAGUAAAAAACAACAAUUGAGAAUUAAAGACGAAGGUAUCAAAAGCAUGGUUCAAGAAAUAAACGCCUUGAGUCAAGAAGUUAACGAGUUGCAAUUACAAAACGAGACCCUAAGGCGAAAAUAUAAUGUAGCUCCAAGUGAGACAAUUUCCUCUACCGGAAUAUUAAAACACUAUCAUGAUAUCGAACAACAGAAUAUGAUAAUGAGAGAAGAGAUUAAAAAAUAUGAAAAUAAAUUAAUACAUUUGGAAAUGAAGAAUCGUAGCUUAAAUGCAAAAUUAUCAAAAUUGACCAAAGUAAAUGAAAAAAACAUGACGGAUAAAAUUUUUUCAUCGAAAGAAAAUUUCGAAAAUAUGCCUAUGGAUGGUGGAGGAGAGGGUUCAGUGAUACAUAAAAACCAGAAUGCGAACGAUGUAAAUACUAAAGAUAUGAAUCAACAUGAGGAUAAAGAAUUAAAAUCGAUGAUAAUAGAAAAUGAAUGUCUACGCAAAGGUCUCCAAGAAAUACUAGACUUUUUGAAAGAUAAUAGUACUACUACAUCAGGAAUACUGUCGUUGCAAUGUCCGAGUUUAGAGACAGUGUUACGCUCUAUGGAAGCGCGGCAUACAGCGGGUUGGUAUGCGCCCCAUAUGACAACUGUAAUGGAACUAAGGGAAGCCCUGGGAGGAAAAAAUGCUUUACUUGAAGCUCUUCAUGAAUCCAGAAAAGAAACUUAUCAAUUAAUGACACAACUCUCCAACGAAAGCAAGAAAUCCUCAGUUCUUGAAAAGCAGUUACAUGAUAUUGAAACUGAAAAUUACAAAAACGCUGAAGAACAAAAUAAAACUAUCAAUGAAGUUACUUCUCCUGACCUAUUCGAAGAGUCUGGGAUGUCUGAAAAAGAAAUAAAUUGUAUUGAUUUCACUGAUCAAAACCAAAUUGAGAAUAUCAUCACUAAAAGCGAUAUACUGUAUGACAAUCAAUUAAAAAGAAGCCUAGAACACUUUCACGAUAAAUUUAAAAAACUCUAUGAAAAAAUGACUUCAAUAUUCGUUGUCUCGGUCGAUAAUCAAAACCAGUGGUCUAUAAAAGAAGAACAAUAUAAAGCAGAAAUACAGAAUUUGAAAACUCAAUUACAACAAGAUGACGAUGUUAGUGAAGUUUCGCCUGGAAUAGUUCCCUUCCCGAAUAUUAACAUUUUAGAAAGAAAAUGUAAAUAUUUAGAAGAGUCUUAUAAAUACAUUAGAACUCAGAACGAAAACAUUAAAAAUGAAAAUUUUGAAAGUAAAAAAGAACUGAUGGUUACAACAUUUGAAUAUGAAACACAAAUUCAAAAAUUCAUUCUUUCGAUAACCAAUCUUACAAAUAAACUGCGCAAUUCAAUAUCCUUAGAUUUAUUUUGGAAACAGAAUAAGGCUCUUAACGAAGUUGUAUUAAAAUACAGAAAAGUAUUGGAAAAUGUCAAUAAUAAAAGUAACACAACAGAUUUAGUAAAAUAUUUAGAAAAUGAUAAAAUCGAGAUUAUUAGUCGCUUUCAAAAACAGUUACAUGACAAUGAUAAUUUGUCAAAUGAUGAAAAGCAAAAAUUUGUUUUUGAAUUACAAGAUUCAAUCGUUCAAACACAACUAAACCGAGUUAUAUCGGAACUAGAAACUAGUGAAAAUAAAAUAAUAAAGUUGGAAGAAAGUUACAAAGAGCUUCAAAAACUGCAAGGGAACAUUAUUGACGAUACUGUAGCUGCCAUGACUAAAAAAGAUUUCGAUUUAGUCAAGAGACAGUUAAAAGAUAUUACCGAAGAAAACAAAAUACUGAGAGAACAGUGUCAACAUGUGGAAAGUCAGUUAGACAUUGCAUUAUUACAGCUUCAAGAGCAUCAACAGCAGCAACACAACAAUGAUAUGGAGCUUAAUAUACUUAGACAUCAAAUUUUAGAUUUACAAUCGACCGGAAAUAAUAAAGCUAUUUUAGCUAGGUUAAGCAGCGAAGUACUAGUGACUCAUUUGCAAGUUUCAGAAGGAUUGAAGAAAAUAGAAAGUUUAACGUCAGAUUUGAACAAAGAAAAGGAACGGAGAAUAAAAGCCGAAGAAUUGUUGAAGAGCAACCAAAAAGUGUUUGACGUCUCUGUUUUCAGAUACGAAACUAAGUUUAAAUAUUUAUUCGAAGUGAUGCAAGUCUUAAGACAACAGUAUCAGGGAUGUCUUCCUCUGUCAUCUAUUGAAAAUUAUAUUGAUAAAAGGGAAGACCUUUCAAGAAAAACACACGCUGUUGACCAAACUCUGUCCGAUAUUGAGGAUUUACAAUCAAGUUUAAUAAUAAAACAUACUGUUUUUGAUCAAAUACUAGAUGUCUCAAAAAAUAAAUGCCUAAUCGAUGAGGACAGUUGUCCCCAUAAAAUAAAAUAUAUCGUUUUGCAAUCAACACAUGCGCGACAGUUAGAUCACUUGACACAGAAAUUACAGUCUUCUGAACAGGCUCGUGAUGAAUUAAUAAAACAGUGCAAUAACUUGGAAAAAUCUUUAUUGCUUUUAAAUCAAUCGUUUGGUAAAACUACUCUUAAUAUGAAUAUUAAAAUUGACGCCAAAGAAAUUAAUGAAUCCAAUAUAGAAGUCGAAGACGUGUCUACCGAUGACGAAUCAAGUAGCAGAAAAAACGGAACAAUCACUUUAACAAAACCCCUUUUAUUGAAACCAAAUCCAUGUUCGGAAAUAAUUAAUAAUACUUUACAAGAAAAGAAAACCAAUCUGCCCAAUAAUGCACAAGAUAAUUUUGUAAAAAAGCAUAGUCCCCAAGACCCAUCAAACGUUGAAACAAAAGUUGCAAAUGUUUUAACCCAAACUACUCCCCUUAAAGUAGAUACUAGUAACAAACAUGUACAAACAGACGAAGACAAAGCUGUUAAUGAACUUAAAAUAUAUUCUAAUAGCUUAAAAAUUGACAAUGACAAAAAAGUUAAAGAGCUUAGAGAAGCUAUGACUUUAGCUCGAAUACGAACAGAAGAAAAUUUAAAGUUAAAUUCGGAGAAAAUUGGCUUAGAAUCCGAUAUACAAACCUUGCAACAAUCAAAUAUUGAAAGAGACCAUAGUAAUGAAAAACUACGCAUUACUAUAGAAGAAUUAAGAAAACAAAUAAACGAUCUUAAAAGCACACAAUUUGCAGAGCAAAGUAUGGUCAGAGACGUCAUGAACGAAGAAAAUAAAUCAUUGCUACUUGCGCUAAAACAACUAGAAAAUGAUAAAAACAUUUUGGCGGCAGAAUACAAAGAAUUAUUAAAUAAAGAGAGAGAAGAAUACUCUAAAAAUGUAAAAACAUUGCAAGAGAAGAUAUUAGAACUACAAACUGAAAUAGACAAAAGAGGUGGGGACAACAAGUCUAUUAACGAUGACACCAUAAAAGAAUCAUUUAAAAAAUAUACAAUGAAUAUCACGGAUUUGAAAAACAAGUGCUUCCGGCUGCAAAGUGAAUUGGAUGAGUGCAAAAACGAAGUAUCGGUAUUUCAAAGUGAAUGCGAUCGGUGGAAAGAUUUGGCUUCUGAAAGACUACACAAAAUGGAACAACUCAACUCCCAACUUGAAGAAAGACAUAGUCAUGAGGUGGAAGCAUACAAAGCUGAAAAUCAGCACUGGUUGUCACAAUUGAAUGAAACACAGAAAGAACACAUGGAGUUGCGUUCUCGGCUAACAGAACAGAAGACCUUAUAUCUAAAACAAUUGGCAGAAAAGGAUGCACACAUAGAACAAUUACGCAGCAUCAUUAAUAGCCUAAAGGCGCAGAUACUCAACAUGCAAACAAUGUUGUCCGUUAAUGACCCCAGUUUCGACCUCACUGCUAUUGUGGAGGUAGAGGAAUCUACCGAUGCAAUGUCUCAACAUGGGUUCGACAAGUUGGAAAUAAAAUUCGAUUCCGCAACCGAUUUAAAUGAGUUUCAGGGUGACAUUGUUACAUUACCUGGUUCUUCGUCUACUAUAUGGCAAGAAACCAUAAUAGAUCGUUUACGAAGAGACAAACAGCUCGCUGCUAAACAAAAUACUAUUCUGCGGAGACAGAUAAAAGCACUUGCAGCAAGAGAACGGCGAUCACGCCUCGAUGCACAGAAUCUAAAGAAUCAGAUAUUUAGAAUAAGUACAUCUGGCAGUAAGGUGGCGACGGGGGAGUCUGCUGCAAUGCAAAGCAAGAUUGCUUCGCUUCAGGCGCAGUUGACGAGCGCCAGACGUGACACACAAUCCAACGUGGCCCUAUGGGACAAAUGGAAGCGGGCGCAACAGGCAUCGGAACGAUGGCAAGCCCGUUAUGAAGAAAAAUGUCAAGAGGUUCAAAAACUGGAAGCCAGCACUACUCUCGCUAAGUCAGCUGUCGUUCGACUUGAGAGAGAGAAGCGAGUGUUACUUUCGAGGAUAUCAGAGAUCAAGGAUGACAGUCAACUGGCAAUAGAAAAACAAGAUGCGGAACCGUUGGAGAAAUCUCACAGGUCGAUGACUGACACCAAUCUGUCGGCGCGUGACACGUCAACCCCCACGAUAUCCACCCACGCAUUGCUGGAGAGGAUACAAGCACAACAACGCAGGAUCGUCGCGUUGGAACUUGCUGAGAGGGGUAAUGAACACUUAGUAUCGGAGUAUGAGAAAUCCUUAGCAGAAAUCACAUCGCUAAAAGGUCAGGUAUUAAAGCUGGAAUCCACGCUUCUGGAAUCACAACUCAAAACACCGCUAAAAACGACCGUUAGUGAUUCGCAACCAGAACUAGAAUAUUGGAAAAGCUACUGUGAGAUGUUGAAAGAAGAGAAUGUUCAACUGACAAUGAAAAUAAAUGCUCUGGACUCUGCGCCGACUACCGCUCACCAACACAGAGUCAAUGAUCUCGAGCAAACUGUAUUAACUCUUAGAGGUCUCGUAAGCAAACUUCAAGCAGAUCAGAAAACUGUCAAUGUUUACAAAAAAGCAGAUUCGAGACCCAGUAGCGGCAGGAGUAAUACUGAAAAGACGCGCAGUCAACUUGAAUCGUAUCGCAUAGAAAUAGCAAAUUUAAAAAGAAGUAUACUUGAUAAGGAUUUGCUUCUGGAAAAAUCUAAGGAAAUGCUCAAAAUUGCUGCAGAAAGGGAAGAUGAAUUGUUAAGAGAGAACUCUCUUUUACGUCGUCGGUUAGAGGAUCUCACAAAAUCGAGAGAAGGGUUUCUAUCUGCAUAAGAAUAGAUUUUCAUUUUAAAUAAGUAAUUUAGUUCUAAUACUAAGCCGCACAUCGCUGUACCGUGGGUUAAUCGCAUAAAGAAAUAAGAGUUUUAUUAUUAUAAUAAUUAAGCACAUUCUUUCAAUUAUCUUUUUUCUGCAAGUGAUUUGGUGGUUAUAAUAAAUAAUAAUGCAAGAAACGGAAAAA